ACACAUGAUUUAAAUGUUGGCUUACCAAAAACUUGGAAUAAUCGGCCCUAAACUUAAUACAACUUUUACAUAAUAUUAUAUCAGUACUUAAUCUAUUACUCGCAGAAGAAACGCGGGAAGAUUGCAUCAGACAGACGAAUCCUUUAUGCAUAUAUAAGACCCCAUACUCUAUGCUGCAUUCGUCAUUGGCUUAUAUCAUUGUUACGUCACUUCACGCAUAUUCACAACCUUCCAGUUCCUAUACCGUGAAGAAAUUUCACGAUUCCCCAUCACUGCAGCGCAACUUCGCGAUCAUCGGGGCGCUCUUUCAGUGUCGACGGCAGUGGUAUGGUUGUACGUUCAUUCUGCGAGCGGUCAAUACGACGCUUGGGUCGAGUUCGAAUCAUAUAUAACAGCAUACGGACGCGGUGCGAAACAGUAACUUGAUAUUGAUCAUGUCGCGAUCGACGAAAAAUCACGACGUCUGGAAUUCUCCGAUGGCGAUUCAGUCAAAAUUCGAUGUUGAUGCGGACGGAUUGUUGAAUUAUGAGGAGUUUCGGGCUUUGUGUGCUGAAUUGUUCGGCAUAGAAGAGGUGAAGAGGCAUGAGUCGAAAGUACAAGAGAUCUUUAAACUGUUCGACAUGGACGCGGACGGUACUUUGGACGAGCGGGAAUUGCACAGAUGUCACGAAUGGAUACGCGCUACUGUAAAUCCUGUGAAUGUUUUGGUAGUGGUCGAUGUGCAGAAUGAUUUUAUCGAUGGCACAUUAGCCUUUCGAAAUUGUGAUUACGGACAGGAAGCUGUGGAAGUAGUGGAGCCCAUUAAUCGUCUUAUAACGGCAGGUCGGUGGGACAAAGUGAUAUAUACUCUCGAUUGGCAUCCGGAGGAUCAUAUCAGUUUCUUCGAGAAUUUAGCGAAGCGUGAACUCCAUCAGGAUAGUAAGGUCACUAAAGAAAUGGCAAAACUUUUCGAUACUGUCGUCUUCUCGCAACCAUAUGUCACACAGACUCUUUGGCCGAAGCACUGCGUUAAGGGCACUUGGGGUGCUGCAUUGUACAAAGACCUCUUAAUCGUGCCUUCUUCUGAGCAGGUUCACAAAGGUCAGAUUUCGGACAUAGAGGAAUUAUCGGCUUUCGGCAAAGUGGUCAAUGGCGAGGAUGGCAAUAGCUCGGAGCUUACAAAGGUUUUGUCGAAAAUAGGUGCCACACACUUAUACGUUUGCGGUCUUGCUUAUGAUAUUUGCGUAAAAGAAACGUGUUUGGGUGGUCUUCAACUGGGUUAUCGGUUAGCCAUUGUUGACGAUUGUUGUCGUGCUGCAAACAGAAAUAACAUAGAUAUUGCUAAGAAAACGAUAUCUGAAAAUGGUGGUCUGGUGGCGUCCAGUGAACACGUUCUGUCCUUAGUGAAUAAAGAUAAACGUAGUCUGGUGAUGGCGUAUCAUGCUGCGAAAUACAUUUUGUAAAGAGAAUCCUAUAGUUUUGCAGGCGUAUUCGAGAUAUUAUCUUUAACUAUAGUUAAGUUAUCGGUUAUAACCGACGCUAAUUGCACUUUUGACAAACCAUAUGAAUUGGAAUAGUUAAAAAUGUAUUUUGGAUAUAAUUUUUGUCUUUUUUUAUAGGAUAUAUUGGUGUUGGGUGUCAUACAUGUAUUUACCAAAAAUACGAAUAAAAUAUUUAAACUCUUA